GGUGCUCGCAAUACCCCACUCAAAAGCAUUGCUGCAGUCUAUGCAAAGACGUCACGCUGCUCGUACUCGAUGCAGCCAGAUCAGAUUUACCUCACUGGCGCAGGAUGCGCCCCGAUCGAUCUGGAGUCAGCCUGGAAGAAUGAAAAUGUAGGGGUCCUGUACUCUAGAGUACAUUCUACAUUGGCUGUAUCCACAGCCAGCAUCGUACCCCCAACCUACGUCAAUCCCCUGGCCCUCAAGCUUGCAUACGAGACCAUCUGGCAGCAUUGCAAGCGCCAGCUGUAGAUCAUGACUGCCACCCAGCAUGCUCUUGUGCCCAUCAAUCCCGAAAAGCAGUGCAGUGCCUGCAGGAGCCAGAAGAGUGCACAUGCGAAGAGACAUCGCAACGUGUGCACAGCUGCUCUUUCACGAAGACCUUGUCUGCCCCGCUGCGCGGCUUCGACAUGGUCGCCAAGAUCUCAGAGUCGCAUGACAUGCACAGGAUCAACAUGGCGAGCCUUGGCGCCGUCAGUGGUUCCUAGACAUAGAGGCGGCGACUACGGGCCAAAGAACCUGCAGCUGUUGUGCUACGGCUGCAACACGUCCUGUCUACAGGCGAACAUAGUCGUCGCUUGGCGCCGAAUACGCCGGGACCAGAGGCUGAAGGAGGCAAGAGACUUUCUCUGCAUGCACCCACUUGGCCGCGAUGAAAAUCAGGUAGUGCAAGGACUGCAAAGAAAUCAUCGAGCUGGCCAAGGCAGCGCCAAUAUCCACAUGAGCUCUCGAACAGUACGCCGUUCUAUGUAUGCGCAUACCUGUGACACGAUACUGGACGCAUUGCAAGAUUAUUGAUUUAGUCGAGAUGUAGAUGUACAGAAUAGAUACAGAUGCAAAUACAAUGCGA